UGACAUCCGAUCAGAAAAUUACGGAUACCCUAAACUUUCUGAUCAUAUUCGGAUCACAUUUUCCCGAUCCAAUAUCCGAAAUUGAACACCCUGCUAGGAGCUUCCACAACAUUCUGCCUGCCUUGUUCUAUGACCUCACCUCUUAAUUUCCCUGCUUUUCCUAUCAAUCAUAUAUCUAAAUUUCUCUAUAAUUAUUUACAGUUUCACAAGCAAACAUAAUCAUGGCAGCUCAAUUCUCCUCCUACAAGAAAUACGAAGCCCGAAAACGGCUACCCGACCCGAAAACCUCAGCUCUCAUAGUAAUUGACAUGCAGAACUACUUCUCUUCCAUGGCCAAAGCUAUCCUUCCCGCCACAACCACUACCAUCAAGCUCUGCAAACGCGCGGGUAUUCCAGUAAUACUCACGCGCCAUCGCCACAAACCCGGUGACGUCGGUGGUGUUUUGGGCGAGUGGUGGGGUGGCGACCUCGUCUUUGGCGGAACCCCAGAAUCGGAGAUUAUUGCGGAGGUUGUCGCCGCGGCUGAGGAAGGGAAGAAGGACGAGGAUGAAGUGGUGGUGGUGGAGAAGGAGACGUACAGCGCGUUUAGGAACACGGGGUUGGAAGAGCGGCUGAGGAAGAUGGGAGUGAAGGAGGUGAUAGUGAGUGGGGUUAUGACGAACUUAUGUUGUGAGACGACGGCUAGAGAGGCGUUUGUGAGAGGGUUUAGGGUGUUUUUCUGGACAGAUGCGACGGCGAAGUCGUCGGCGGAGCUUCAUGAGGCUACUCUUAUGAAUAUGGCUUAUGGUUUUGCUUAUCUCGUUGAUUGCAACCGUCUUCACAAAGCUUUAUCUGCGUAAUUAGAAUAGUGUUGGUACCAAUGGUGGUUGAGACGCUUGAGACUUAGUUGGGGAUGGGGACUCUGUACUAAAGUUGUAAUCAAGGAAAGUAUAUCCAACUGUAUAAUGAACAUAGACUUGACAAGUUGACAUGGAUUUUCUAUGAGAAUCGAACAAAACAUGUGCAUUUGUAUAUAAGUAUGUUUAUUGUGCAAUGUGCAUGAUUGUCGAUUCAAAUCAAAUUAGAUGGUGCAUCAAUAUGUACGAAGUAUAUUAUGGUUAGUUAAAUAUUCUAAUAUAA